CUUUACGUUCACAUUGUUCCACAUACGCACGACGAUGUGGGAUGGCGUAAAACCGUUGAGCAAUAUUACUACGGCCUCAACAAUUCCAUCGAUACUAGAGGUAGCGUACACUCCAUCAUCACGACCGCCGUGGAAUCACUUUUGGACGAUCCAGCGCGUACCUUUACGUACGUGGAAAUGAAAUUUCUCUCCAUAUGGUGGAAGUCUCAAAGUGACCAAAUGAAAGACAACGUUCGCUACCUAAUUGCCAACAAGCAGCUAUCGAUUGUCAACGGAGGUUGGUGUAUGCAUGACGAAGCGGCGCCCCACUAUAUCGGGAUGAUUGAUCAGACAAGCUUGGGACAUGAAUUCCUUACUCGUGAGUUAGGAGUGAUACCUAAGGUUGGCUGGCAACUCGAUCCUUUCGGUCACUCCGCGACGCAGGCAUCCUUGAUGUCGCGUGGUAUGGGAUUCGAUGCACUAUACUUCGGUAGGAUUGAUUAUCAGGAUUUACGGCUGAGGCAGUUAACACGUCAGUGCGAGGGUUUGUGGAACGCAUCAAGAGAGUCGUCAGACAUCGCAUUACCAAUCUUUUGGGGGCUGACGGGAAGCUAUGGAGGAAACUAUGGUGCCCCGCGAGGUUAUUGUUUCGACGUAUUGUGUCAAGAUGAACCUCUGGUCGGUGCCAACGAAACGAGACUACGGGAACGGCUUCGUACGUUUUUGGAAGAUGUGCGUAUACAGAGUGAUCGUACCCAGGGUGAUCACGUUAUGGUGACAAUGGGUGAGGACUUUAACUACAUACAAGCGCAUUUAAAUUUUGCAAAUAUGGAUCUAUUGAUAAACUCGAUUAUGAGCUACCAGCAUUGGAAGAUUCUGGAUAUACCGUCUAUCUUUGGUCCCCAGUACGAUCGAGUCGACAUCUUCUAUUCAACACCGGACUACUACACAGAGAUGAAGUACAAAGAGACGGUCCUCUGGGUAGUCAAAACGGACGACUUCUUCCCGUAUUCUGAUUGUGAGCAUUGUUUCUGGACAGGUUAUUUUACCUCUCGUGCAUCUUUCAAACGGUUUGAACGUGUUUCGUCUUCUUUUCUUCUGGCUGCCCGACAAAUUGAGGCAUUGUGGAGUGGACAGAGUAACAGCACGGGUCAAGGUAUGGAAAGUCGUCCCCUGUUUGCACUCGAGGAUGCUUUGGGUAUUGCGCAGCAUCAUGAUGCCGUGUCUGGUACGGCAAAGCAACACGUAGCGGAUGAUUACAGUUUCAAAUUACAAACUGGUUUGGAUCUUGCUUCCAAGUUUGUGGCAAAGACAUUAAAGAAUACGCUGAUAUCGGACUCAGGGCUGCUGGAAAACUUGACUUUCUGUCACCAGUUGAAUGAAUCUAUUUGCGAUCUUUCACAGGAUGCCACGAAGUCUCUUGGCAAGGAUCUUUAUGUUGUUGUUUACAAUGCAAAAGCCUCGGAGGUAUCCAGCAUUAUCCGACUACCGGUCUCUACUAACCAAACGUACCUUGUUGAGCGUGUGGAGCGUAACGCAACGGUCGCGAGGUCGAGACUUGUGGAGACUGUACAAGCCGUCAACCUCCGGACUACUGACAAACCGAGGUAUACCGUUAUGUUUGACACUGGUCCCCUUCCUCCCAUUGGUGUUGCUUUAUUCCGCGUAUCUAUGACAAAUAAAGUCUUCUCUAGUUCUUUGAGAUCGAAUGAUUUGACGGAAACUCGACGUCUCUUUCGAGCUGCCGACGGCAAAGAUGUUGUAGUAUCGAAUGAACUUCUCUCAGUAACCUUUGACAGCUCUACUGGAAUGAUGAAACAGGUAUUCUCUCAGAAUGUGAGCCUUCUGCUUACGCAGGAAUGGGGGUACUACACGUCUUUCGACUCGGACUAUGAUAGAACGGAAGUGCCCUCUUCACGUGCCGAUCAAAAUUCAGGAGCCUAUGUGUUUAGACCAAGCACUCCUGAAGAAAAGCUUAAGUUGAUGAAUGCGUCGCCUAGCGGUGCAAAGUUCGUCGAUACGUCGGUGGGAACUGAAGUACACGUAGCAUUUGAUGCGCCCUGGAUUAGGCAAGUGACUCGCAUACUGAAAGGUCAGCCAUACGUGGAAAUCGAGUAUACCAUCGGUCCAAUUCCGAUCGAUGAUGGGCGCGGAAGGGAGAUUGUGAAUCGAUACAUAACUCCAAUUAAAUCCGAAGGCAAGGUGUACACAGACUCGAACGGUCGCGAGUUUCUGGAGCGACGCCGCAAUUACCGUCCAAGUUGGUCUUUGGAGGUUUACGAACAAGUGGCCGGGAACUACUACCCGAUCAACGCAGCCGCUUAUAUUGAAGACAGCGACGCGGCUUUGUCAGUGGUCGUGGAUCGGUCCCAAGGUGGUGGCUCUAUUAUAGAUGGAACGUUGGAGUUCAUGGUGCAGCGUCGGACUGUGGCGGACGACUUUCGGGGAGUAGACGAACCGUUGAACGAGACGUGUGGCGGUAUGGAGCCGUAUCCUCCGUACGGGGACGCAAAACGCGUGGGUGACGGCGUGGUGAUUCGUGGCGUCCAUCGGCUAUUGGUGGGAGCAAAAGGGGCUGGGUUGGCUAGAUCCCAGAUGGACGCCACGUUUGCGGAGCCAUUAAUCUUUGUGGCAUCGUCGCCCAAACCGUCUACACCAGUAGGCGCACUAGUCGCUACGCAAUCAUCUCUUUCCGCUCUGCAAUUAUCGUUGCCAUCAAAUGUAAUGUUGAUAACGUUGAUGCGUCUUCAGGAUCGGGAGCGACCGACUUGGCUCCUGCGAUUGGGUCAUCAGUACGCUGCGGGUGAACACGAGGUUCUUUCUCAGCCGGCCAAGGUAAAUCUCGCCACGUUUCUAGUGGAUUGGGAUGUGUCCAAGAUCGAGGAAAAGACCCUGUCGGGCAAUCGGGAUUGGGACGUUUACACGAAAGAACGCUACGACUGG